AAUCUGAAAAUAAUAUUUAGUUUAUUAUAUUACAAAAAUAUUCUAACUCAUUUGUUAAUUCUUAAGACGUUUGAGCUAAUUAGCGCAGUACCGUUUAAACUUAAAUUGCUUAAAGGUUAUGUCGAACGCGUCAAAUUUUCUAAGGACCAAGUGGUAAGAGAUAGUUUUUUCUUUCUAUCCUCGAUACCAUGUAAACGUGAAACGAAAGUUUCUGGCGCCAAAAUGACUACCUCAGAGAAACAAUCUAAGAUCAGAGAGUCUUUGCAAAAUUUACAGUCAGCAGCUACGGACAAAGAAAAUUUAGUUGGCACUGGAAGAAUGCUCAAAGCAGAUUUAUCACUCAAGGAUGUAUUAAAAAAAGAUACUAAAAAGACAUCAGAGAAACCAAAAAAAGAAAGCACAGUACAUAAAAAAAUCAUUUAUAAACAUAAGGCAGUUCAAACAGCGAGAGGAGAAAAGAUUAAAAUCGAAGUAGAAGAUUUAACCUCUGAAGCUGGUCCAAGUGAGAAUUAUUGGGAAGUAUUAGCAGAAAGACGACGAAUAGCUCUUGAUGAUGCUUUAGAAGAAAAUAAAGAACUACACGAACGCAUAUCAAAAUUGCAGGAAGAAAAUCGUUUAUGUAAAGAAAUGUUGGACGAAACACGAGCCUUGGUUGAAGUACUACAAGAAAUGAUUGGAGAUGAUAGAAAUGACAUAAAUAAUUCUUUGGAGGACAGUGCUCUUUAAUUUUAUAUUACAUGUUUAAGAGUAAUAAAAUGUUAGUUUUAUUCAUUA